AUGGACUCAAAGUCCAUCAUCAAGAGGAACGACAAGCUGGCCCGUCAGCUUGCCUAUAACGACAAGCUGGCCCGUCAGCUUGCCUAUAACGACAAGCUGGCCCUCCAGCCUGCCUAUAACGACAAGCUGGCCCUCCAGCCUGCCUAUAACGACAAGCUGGCCCUCCAGCCUGCCUAUAACGACAAGCUGGCUCUCCAGCCUGCCUAUAACGACAAGCUGGCCCUCCAGCCUGUCUACAAGGACAAGCUGGCCCUCCAGCCUGUCUACAAGGACAAGGUGGCCCUCCAGCCUGUCUACAACGACAAGGUGGCCCUCCAGCCUGUCUAUAACGACAAGCUGGCCCUCCAGCCUGUCUAUAACGACAAGCUGGCCCUCCAGCCUGUCUAUAACGACAAGCUGGCCCUCCAGCCUGUCUAUAACGACAAGCUGGUCCUCCAGCCUGUCUAUAACGACAAGCUGGCCCUCCAGCCUGUCUAUAACGACAAGCUGGCCCUCCAGCCUGUCUAUAACGACAAGCUGGCCCUCCAGCCUGUCUAUAACGACAAGCUGCUCUCCAGCUUGUCUCCUGUCUAUAACGACAAGCUGGCCCUUCAUCCUGUAUACAAUGACAAGCUGGCCCUCCUGCCUGUCUAUAACGACAAGCUGGCCCUCCAGCCUGUCUAUAACGACAAGCCGGCCCUCCAGCCUGUCUAUAACGACAAGCUGGCCCUCCUGCCUGUCUAUAACGACAAGCUGGCCCUCCUGCCUGUCUAUAACGACAAGCUGGCCCUCCAGCCUGUCUAUAACGACAAGCUGGCCCUCCAGCCUGUCUAUAACGACAAGCUGGCCCUCCAGCCUGUCUAUAACGACAAGCUGUCCCUCCAGCCUGUCUAUAACGACAAGCUGGACCUCCAGCCUAUCUAUAACGACAAGCUGGACCUCCAGCCUAUCUAUAACGACAAGCUGGACCUCCAGCCUGUCUAUAACGACAAGCUGGCCCUUCAUCCUGUAUACAAUGUCAAGCUGGCCCUCCAGCUUAUCUAUUAA